AUUUUAGGUACUAUACAGAACAAUGAACAUGGUCGGUAAAAGAGUAAACACGCAGGCUAAACUUUUCUGCUAUGAGAUCCAGAUCAACAGACUUCAGACGUUGUAGCAAAAUUUCAGGGUGUGCCAAUUCGAAUAUGACUGAUAACUAGAUGGUGCCGAUACAAUCUCAUGCAGAUAUGAGAGGAUGGAACUGAGAUGGGCACUGUACCGUGUGAUGGCUCAAUGUGGAUUAUUUGUCUGCAUGGUUACUUCCUUUACUCCUCCGCAAGACUCAUGCUCUGAGAUUGGAACUGUACUUACUGAACGCUUCCAGAGACACACAAGUCCGGAGGAGAUCCAGAACCUUUUCACCUGUAACAAAGGUCUUACCUGUUGCAACACCGUCUCAGAGUACUUCUUUGAAAAGAGGGUAACUGACGACUUCACUAAGUUCGCACUCUACACCCUCCACAGACGGAUAGAGAGAUUCAAUGUGGGCGCGUUCGCGGAGCAAGUAAACUGGGCAGUGUUUAGAGGACUGAUAAAGCAGGUGGAGGACGGGUUACCCAUAUCCUACGAGCACUUCUUCGAGCUGGCUCUCUUCGAGAUAGUGGCUAUUAAACCAACCUGUAUCAGACGUAAGGAGGUCGUUAAGCUAAAGGAAGACGCUAUGCCCGACAUUAUAAAACUAGUGAACAACAUUUACGCCUAUCAGAAGGGAGUUCAGGCGAUCAACGUGACUUUACUGGCUACAGCAUCACUACGUCCGUCGAAGAAGUGUUCUAACAACGUGAGUAAAGCUGGGAUACCGCUAGAUCUGACCUACCGACCUGCUGGCUGUCCUCUCUGCCUUGACAGCACUGCUCAAGCUAAGGUUUGCAGAGACCUGUGCCUCAACGUAGUCCGUGGCUGCUACGCCUCCAUCUUGCUCUACAAGGACCUGUACUCACAGCUCAUUAAGAAGAUGGAUGAGAUCUACUUCACCCUAAACUACCAUCUGGAAAUGCAAAACGGCAGCCUCUUCUCUUUCAUGGGGAAAAUUGACAAGUAUUUGAAAUCGGUGGAUUUCACAAGAAGCUGUACAGACAGAGACUUCGGUAAAAAGAGGAGGAGAAAGAGACAAGGAGGAAGCGGACCUGACUUGUCUCAUUUCGAGAACUACUUUUCCAAGACGCUGGAUUUAGAAAGUGCUAUAGUUGAUCCAGCCACGUUACCUUGCGCAGGAUCUAACAACACUACUCCUUGCUGGAAUGGAGAUGGAAUGGGGAACUACCAGCACUUAGCGUACUCGUACACAAAAGAGGAGCAGGAAAUUAACCCGGAGACAGCAGAUAUGGAGUUAACAGAAUUGCAAGAAUCAGCUGUUAGACUCAUGGUGAAGGCGCUCGAACUCGCGAAUCGCACAUCAUUGAACGAAAAACUCUUUAACGUGUCAAAAUCAGACCCAGAAACGGAAGGCACAAGCGAACCUCCCGUAUUUGAAAAAAAAUUCGAAACUCUGAGUUCGUUCACAACACCAGGCUCUGUCACAACGGAGAGACCGAGCGUUGAGGGACCUAUAAAAGCAAAUACUAAGGCUCCUGAAGGUGAACUCAGUAAUACCGUUGAAAGUGACUUAGACCCAAUGUAUAACAUGAACAUAGCAGACACUAAUGCCCGUCAAGUGGACGAAUUUAAUGACGACACUGCCUCCUCAGAAUCAAACUCAGACAAUCGCUCUGUGAACUCAGUGACUCUAGGGGGCUUGUUUUUAUACACAUUUUUAGUUGUAGCUAGAUAAAACACCCUCAAACAUGCUAUGAUCUUUAUUUAUACCGCACAGUUCGACUGUAAACACCACGGCAGAACCUCAAGUUUUUAUAUUAACGUCGCAAUGCAAUGAACAGAAAACUAAAAUCUGCAUCAGUGCAGAGACUUUAGUGGUAUUUUAAAGCUUAUCUGCGUUCACUUGGAAACUAUCAUCGCACAGAACUGCGAUAGAAGAACCAAUGACUCCAAUGAUAUCGUGAUAAUGUAACAAAUCGUCAUUUUAUUGUCUUAUCUGUACCGAUGAUUUGUGAAUUUAUAAGUUAUUGUCUAUGGUAUCGAAGUGCCAGCAUUGAGCAUUGUAUACUAUCACAAUGUACUAACUAUCAUCAGAUAAAUCAUUGUAUUGGUAUUUCUAUUUUAAUGAGAUUUUUCUGAUGAACAUAAUUCAAAUAGCAAGUUGCAAUAUUUUGAUAAUCUUGCGACACGAAUCUGACCAUUUGCUCUUUUUUUAAUGAAUAUUAAGCUCUGAAUUAUUUUUACAGUUAUUACUUAUUACAAGUUGCUUUGAAGAAUUAUAUUAAUUACAUUCUUAUUUUUAAUUUUAUGAAGUCCGUAACGAAUAUGAAAAAUGAAACCGAUGCAAAUUGCUAA